AUGGAUGUAUCCGGUGUAGGAAGAAACCCCAUCAUCGGUUCUGCUUCGUUGGAACUCUCCCCGUCGGCGGAAUUAAUUGCCAACAACGUCGAUCUCCUUACACAGAUCCUCCUGUGUUUUCCGGCGAAAUCCCUUAUCCGAUCCAAGUCCGUGUCCAAGCGCUGGCUCUCCCUCAUCUCGGAUUCCCAAUUCGCUGCCAAACACUCCCGCCGAAACCCAAGGCCGUCGAUCUCGGGUUUGUUCUUAUGCUUGCGCCUUCGGGACUGCGGGACUGAACACACCAAGUCCAUCUCGCUUCAGGGCCAAGCAAAUCGACCCACACUCGCCUUCCUCGACGGCGUUGGAGUCGCUCAGCUUCGACCAACGAUUACUCACUCUUGCAACGGAUUACUGUUAUGUAAGUACCAUUAUUCUGUUCCCUCGUCAGGUCAUUACCUUGUUUGCAAUCCAACUACAAAGACACAUACAUUAAUUCCCGAGUACCCCCCUGAUUUUUCGCCUGGGUUUGUUCCCCGUUCGUCUGGUGGUUUCUUGGCUUUUGAUCCUUCGAAAUCCCCUGGCUAUAAAGUUGUGUUUCUGUGUGAAUAUUUUUCCAAAGUUAAGAAGUUUUACAUUCAUGUCUAUUGUUCGGAGAGGGCGUCUUGGAAACGGUUUCGUGUCCCCGAUAGAAGGCAAGACGAGUUGCUUUGCCGUGGAGAGGUGUUUUGUGGUGGAGUUAUAUAUUGGCUAACCGAUGAGGGCGUUGUGUUUGGAUUCGAUAUUGAUUCAGAGAAGAUGAUAGAAAACACAGAAAUUCCUUGUGUGGCCCAGAUCAUCUAUUUCGGGGAAUGUGAUGGCCGUUUGAUUCUUAUUCAAACUCAUAUAUGGUCUACUGUGAAGCUCAAAAUCCUCGAGAUGGACAAGGACAACAACAGUCGUUGGAUUGUGAAGUUUCAGGUCGAUCUUGAACCCUUACGUUCGAUGGGAAGCGAAUUCUGCAGCUAUCAUGUGUUGUGUGUUGUGAAGGGGGACAAGAAGGAAAAAGAUUUUGAACUAGUGUUAGAUUGGGGAGGGACCAUAAUAUCCUAUAAUCUGAGGUGCCAGAUAUGGAAUCUGCUUACCGAUAUGGCUCCUGGUGAAUCAGUUUCUCAUAGUUUGGCAUAUGCCGCAUAUCCAUAUAUUGAAAGUCUAUCCCCUCUUUGA